GGAUGAUUCCAAAGGAGCGGCGGAGACGAAGACGGUGCGCGUUGCCGUGUGCGUUUCAAAGAGAAGAGGAGAAAAAAGAAAAAAAAAGAAAAGUGAGAAAGAAACGUCUCUCGGCGUGUAGGAGAGAAGAGAAGAGAAGAGAAGAGAAGUGGUGGCUGUGGUGGCGAGCCGAGGAUCGCAGGGCGUCUCGAGGAAGAGCGAAAGAGGAGGGGAGGCUGGCGUAUAGAGGUAAGCAGCGUGAACAGUAUCGGGAGUAUGCACGGGGUGAUGUCGACGACACGUGACGCCAGCGAAUCUCGUCUCGCCGGUCGCGAGGAUCGCCGCCGCCGUCACCGCCACCGCCACCGUCACCGCCACCCGCAGCAACACCACCAGGAGCACCAGCAGCCGCGGCAGCAGCAGCCUCCUCGCGCGCUCUCUCCGCGCGCGCGAGCGCUCUCUCGAGGCGGCCGACCACUUCCCGCGCGAGCCGCUCUUUAUUAGUCUACCGCGGACCAUCGCGAACCCCUUUGGCUGCCUCGCCGGCUCCAGCAUCCACGAUCGGCCGAUUCUCGACGUCGUUCAGUUUCCGAAAGUCGUCGGGAGGAACUCUGGUUGUCCGUUCUUUCGUCCAGAAGAGGAAGAAGAAGAAAAAAAGAAAAAGAAACGACGAGAGAGAAGUCUCUCGAGGAGAGUCUGCUGCUCCGGUGAUCCAGACCGGAAAACGCUUGGCGAGCGAAAGAGACGGGCGGGCGGCGGCAAGCCGGUCGUACGGGAGGAAGGGAGAACCGACUUGUUGUGGAAGAAGAGAAGGAGAAAAGAGGACGAACAGAGCGAGAAAGAGCAGGAUCCUUCAGUGAUACGAUACCGGGCAGCACGCGCGCCGGUACGUUGGUUUAUCGGGCGCGAACUACGAGCGAACCUCCGACUUCCAAUCAAAGCGCGCGAUUUCGAACGCUCCAGUGCCGCAAAGUCGUCUCGCUGCUUCGUACAUGGGGGAGGGUGUAGCUUCUGUUGGAUUUCCACGAGGACAUCGGUUGACGAGUAACGUCGAGUCAAUUGGAUCUACCACAAUAUAUCGUUGAACUGUCACGAAGUUUGCGAGUUUCGGGCAAAGUUUUCGGACAACGAGCAAACGCACACCGCCGUGGAAAGAUUUCUCCCGACACUUUCUUCUUCUGCUGGUUGGCUGGGAGAAAUUUGAUCCACCAGUGCCGCGCUUUCUACCUGUCGUCCAAGUGGCCAAAGAAAUAAACAGAAGAAAAAAAAAUACAAAAGAUUAUCUUUCGAUUCGGUCGCCGAUCACACCGCCAGCGUAAAAAUCUCUUCUUAUCCACUGUCGCGGGGAGUGGAAACGCAAACAAUCUCGAGCCGUUGCUGUCCGCUGGCCUGUCCAUACGCUUCCGCGAGUGUGUCGGUAUUCGUCGAAUCGACUCGAACGACCGAUCGAUCAGCGCCGACAGUGGUUUUCGUUGACGUUUCUCUAGCGACGAUUUCCUGCGGCCAGUUGUCUCGCUCGUUGUUUCGCUCGCCAGUUGAUCGUCCGUCGCGUGCAUCGAGACCGACCGGACGCGACGGUGACGCUCGCGUCGUCGGUGACGUCGUGACAUGUGCGAUAGCCUGGCCUCCUCUUCGUUAUCGCGCUCGUGUCUUUCGCCGCUGCUGCCGCCGUCGCCGCCGCCGCUGCUAUCGUCCUUGUCCUCGUCCUCGUCGUGGUCAUCGUGGUCGACGAGAAUAAAGGAACACCGGGUGGUUGGCCAGCUGCUGUGGAUAGAAGGCAAGAGGAGCAGGAGCACGUGGACGACUGGCACCGCGACGAGGGCCGGCGGCGCGACAGGUUGAAAAGAUGCUGGCACUGGCGAUGCGCCGCGAACACACGACCGGGCGCAGCAAUUACGAGCCCGCGAAUCCGCUCGCGGGUUUCGAACACUUGCAGCACAACAGCGGCAAUCCGUUCGCUGUGGUGCCCUCGUCGUCGGAGGGCCGGUUGCGCGAAACCGGCCCGGAGCCCGACGGCGAGUUGCAGGAAUUCGUAGACAUCGCUCAGGUACAGCAGCUGCUGCAACAGCAGCAGCAACAGCAACAACAUCAACAGCAACACCAACAGCAACAACAACAACAGCAGCAGCAGCAGCAGCAACAGCAGCAGCACCACCAUCAUCAUCAUCAGCAACAGGUGGCGGCCGCCGCGGCCGCAUCUUGUAUCUGGGGAGCGGUUUAUCCACCGCCACCGCCUGCACUCGGAUACCAUCAUCAUCACCAUCAUCAUCACCAUCCACCGCCACCACCUUCAGGCGAGGACACGCAGUGCGGUACCGAGGAGGUUGCCACCGUCAGCCAAGGAGGCGACCAACUCCAGAGGAUGACGAUGGACGGCAUGGAAGUGGUGGGCUCGCAGCCCCACGCGGCCACCAGUCCGUUUUUGCUCUCACCGCCACCCCUCGGGCACCACCAUCAUCAUCAUUCUCACACUACCUUCAAUCUACAGACGGUGCAGCUCAGUUUCGACGCAUGUCUGCCGUACAACGCGGCGACAUCCUCGAAUUCGAUCGUCUGCGGCGUUGGCGGCACGUCAACGCCGGCCGCUACAACAUGCACCUCGUCACCGAGCUGCAACAACAAAACUAUACCGACUUUGUCGCUGACAACUUGCGUGCCCCUGCAAGCCCAGCAUCAGAACAGUACCGACUCCACGGAUCAUCAUGGCCGACAGCAUCAGCAUCAUCAUCAGCAUCAUCAGCACCAUCAUCAUCAUCAUCAUCAUCCGCAUCAACAGCUGGACGAUCAUCAACACCAUCGGCACGAUGUUUCCUCCCCGUCCAACGACUCCAACGACGGCAAGCGGCGUUUACACGAGGACAAGGACUGCUCCAGGGAGUGCAGAGACGACCUCCAGGAGCCUAACGAGAAGGAUAAACCAGGCAGCCUGGCGGGCGAAGAUCUGUCUCUCGAGGAGGCAACAGCGGAGGACGAUGAGACAGCUACGUCGGCCAGCAGGGAUCAUCGGCACCACCAUCACCAAGAAUCUCAGGAUCAGGGCACGCCCGGCGCUCCACCCUCCACUAGUCCACCGCGUCAUCAUCAGGCUCAAGAGGACGCGGACCGUUGCAACGUGUUGCAGGGCGGAGUGAUCCUUUACUCUCCUCACUCCACGUCUUCGGUGUCCUCAACGCCAGCAUCGGGCGUCAACAUCUGCAACGUGCCGACGUUGACUUACCGUGGCGUCUUCACCACCACCUGCACGCAAUCCUCGCCGCUCAACAGCCUUCAGAAUCAGCAGCAGCCGCCCCAGCAGCAACAGCAGCAGCAACAACAACCGACUAGUCAGGAGCUCUGGGGUCCGUUGACCUCCCCGACCUUGACCUUGGCAAAUUCACCCUUCCUCCACUCGACGCUCCACCCAGCCCCGUACGGCGAGACCGUCGAACUUCUGCCGGUCGAAUCCAAGCCACCCCCGCCACCAGGUUAUCAUGACACGCCAACCACCACUCCGGCCGCCUGGUUAACGACGCACGAGGACCCGUACGAUCCGAAUCUCCUGUCCCAUCAUCAUCCCCAUCAUCACCAUCAAGAGACCACGCUGAAGCAGGAACCAACCGGGACGAGUGGCUACGGGCCGGUCAUUCAACAGCAACAGCAACAGCAACAACAACCUCAGCCUAGUCAACAGCAACAGCAACAACAACAACAACAACCGCCGCCACCGUCAGCCGGCACGACAGGCGUUCAACUGGCCGAGUACAAUCCGAGCACGUCCAAGGGGCACGAGAUUCUCUCGCAGGUUUGCCAUCAGAGCCCGGUGCCGCUCAGGUUGGUCCCGGUGAAGCCACGAAAGUAUCCGAAUCGACCUAGCAAAACUCCUGUCCACGAACGGCCGUACGCCUGCCCCGUGGACGGCUGUGACCGCAGGUUCUCCCGCAGCGACGAGCUCACCCGGCACAUUCGCAUCCACACCGGCCAGAAACCGUUCCAGUGUCGCAUUUGCAUGCGCUCCUUCUCCAGGAGCGACCAUCUCACCACCCACGUGAGGACGCACACCGGCGAGAAACCGUUCUGUUGCGAUCAGUGCGGCCGCAAGUUCGCGAGGAGCGACGAGAAGAAACGGCACGCGAAGGUUCACCUGAAGCAGAGGCUGAAACGCGAGGCCAGCCACGCCUCCGCCAGGAAUCACCCUCAGAGCCACGCUUCUCCACCCUGCAAUCAAUAAGAGAAGAAGAGUUUAACGAACUCUGUGCGUGUGUCUCCGAGGUGAUGUCGCCUUCCUCUUUUCAUGCGACGAUCGUACAUCUCCGCGCUCAUUCCUUCAACCUUCGACCUCCUUCGAUCAUGCUCGCAGCUUCUCUCAGCUUGCCAGACGAUGAGGAAACGACGGAGACCUUUAGACGGAACAGACGAACCAGACCAGGUUGGUGCUGACUGAUCCGUCACCGACUGAUCCGUCGUCGAUCGUCGUCGGCGUUGCCAGCGAUUGACGACUGGGGCUCGACGUCUCCAAGGAUUGGCCUCGCCACCGAAUCGACGGCAUGUUCUUCUCGCCGGUAUAACGACGCGUGAUACCGAGACAGUAGUACUUCUCGGACAGUAGUACGUAAGGGAUAAUAUUCUCGGAGAAUUUUCCGUAAACGAUCCAUUGUAAAUAACGUCGUGGAUAAUUUUUAGUCGGGACUAGAGUUUCGAUACGGUACGUAAAGCGCAAAUGUCCGUGUCCGGGUGUGUGGUCGGUCCCGACGACGGACUCGUCGCGUGUUAGAAAACGGAUCGAUCGAACCCUUUUCCCUCUUGAUCUCGCUGGAGGAACGAUCGAGAACGAACGGUGAGACACAAAGUUGCGGUAUAUACACACAGUACACGUAUGUAUGUGCUACAACCUUUUUCUCCCCUCGAGCUCUCGUUUCAAUUUAUUUCAUUCUCUCCCGUCCCUUUUGCCCCUUCGUACGAGAAAAAAAGAAGAGAUCGAAAGUCGCCGUACGUAUGCAUGUAUGUAUGUAUGUAUAUACGUACGGUUGUAUUUGGAACAGGCAUUGAGCGAAAAUUCUAGCUUUACCGAGAGAUACUGUUAGGUUGUUUCCUCGACGAUUGUCAGUAUACGGUCUUCGUGCUUUUAGUGGCAAACGGCGGGGCGGGGGGUGGAGAGAAGGAAAGAGAGAAGAAGAAGAAAGUCGAUGGGCAAGAAUAUUCGAAGCGAACGCGCGUUGGAGAUCGUUAUUUACAGCGGUCGCGUUUUAUACCUCUGUUUGCGAUCGGGAACGAGAUGCAGAUGCGAAAAUCGCGCGUUAACCGCGCGUAGAUACGCGCGCGAAAAUAUUCCGGUGUCGCGAAGUAUAUACUGCAACCAGGAUCUCCAACGAAUCACGCGGAAUCAAUACCGUCCCGCAGCUUCCGGGAAUCAGGGAGGAAUUCGCCGAGGGAGAGAGAGAGAGAGAGAGAGAGAGGAAUGGCGCACUCUCGAUCGCAUGCAAACGAGCGCGUGAGAAAAAAGAAAAAGAAAAACAUAGCCAUGCGCGAGCACGCUUCUUAAAACGAUCAGGGGAUCGCGUAUCAACUUUUCCAGCUCUCUCAUGAUCGAAACCGGUCGAUGUUUGCGAUCCUUUUACCGAGUGUUCGUCCCUUCGGCCAAUAAUCGUGCAAUUUUCGAAUCCAGCAACAUUGUCGCGCACCGACGUGUAUUUUCUAAGUAUAUUUUUAUAAAUCACGAACACUCGACCGAUGAAAUGAUGAAAUAUGUAAAGUUCGAUAUGUCUUUCUCACGAUCGGUAUCGUUAAUUCUAUGAGAGGGCACAAUCACGAGACCCUGAUGCAUUUUCAUGAUUCGACCGACACCGACGGACUAGAUCGGUGUUACAUACAUACAUAUGCGCGCGCGCGCGCGCGCGCACACACACACACACACACACACACAAAAACACACUAUUUUGCGUCCUCGAACCUCGUGUCUUUCAAUCAUCACGAUCGAAUAAUUCGCUUCUUACAUGUAUUUGUUAUCGUCCUCUACCUCUGAAACUCGUUCACUCGUUCCUCACAAACAUCCCUCGUGCUCCGGACACGCUAAAUCUCGGACUUCUUUCCCUUCGUGUCCUCGCGAAACUUCUUGCCACCACCUGCUAUCUCCUGCUACCCCUUUCACUCCGUGUUAGAAUUCACUUUUCACAGAGUCCCUUGAGUUUUAGCUUUCGAGUCAAAUCCCGAAGAGCGUCCCUCGUCCCUUGUGUGAGAAUUAACCCUCUUCUUCACCGCCAGCAAACCCCACGAGUAAAAA